AUGGCUGAGACAUGGGCAGUUCUGGCUGCACUCCUUUUCCUGCUAAUCUGUCUGGUUGAAGGGCCAGCUUACAACUUGGUGAGUGUGGAGGCUGGGCAGGAGGCUGUGUUGAGUUGCCCUUACAUCUCCAAGGUGCCUUUGCUAAUGGUGACGUGGAAGAUGAAAUGCAGCCCUUGCUGCUUGUUGGCCUACAGAAGUGAUCACAAUGAGACGAAGAAGUUAAACUGUAGUGAGAGGAUGAUGUGGAAAUAUUCACCUGACAGAGACCCUGCUCUUCGUAUUUACCCUGUGAACCUUGGUGAUGAGGGAAAUUACACCUGUGAAGUUGCCAGCAGUGCAGGGAAUUACCUUUUUUCCUCUUCUCUGACUGUAACAGUCCCUCCUACAGUGACUCUGACCUGUGACAACAGCAGGGUGGCUGUCUGUCAAGCAGCUGCUGGAAAGCCAGCUGCUGACAUCUCCUGGAUCCCUGCAAGUAAUCAGAGCACCGAGGAAGAACUCCAUCACCCCAACGGAACAGUGACCAGAGUGAGCUACAUACGCUGGGUCAACAGCAUGCUUCCCACUCUCACCUGCCUAGUUACCCACCCAGCUACAAACCAGACUCUGUCCAUAGACCUGUCAGACACAUCCCCCAGGCUUCCCUAUCUCCUGAUAGGAGGAUCUACGAGUGUUGCUGCUGUCAGUGGUAUGACUUUAUGCUUGAUUUUCAGGUGCAGAGCUUUCCGGUUACGUAAAUUGGCACAUGGGUCAUCAGUACCAUUUGCAACUAAGAACUUCAGGUCCACACCAUCAUGUGAGAAAAAAGAUGUGGACAAGCCUCCUGCCUUAUCAGAGAGUACCUAUCAGAAUUACAAUCCAAGAACAAUAUAUAUGAACUAUUAA